GGAGAACAAAUUCUGGGGGCGGCAGUUCACCCACGCUCUGCUCCAGCGACCCUUUUGCAGGGGACCAUGGAGAGCAGGUGCUGAGAUUGAGUGCUUGGAGAAGCAGCAGCGGGCUGGUGAAGAUGGAGAAUGGCACAGGAGACGAGCAGAACCAGACUGGGCUGCCACUGUCAAGCCGGGAGAUCAUUACAGCUGAAUACCAAGUGGUUACCAUCCUCUUGGUCCUCCUCAUCUGCGGGCUGGGCAUCGUGGGCAACGUCAUGGUAGUUUUGGUGGUCCUCAGAACCAAGCACAUGAGAACUCCCACUAACUGCUAUCUGGUGAGCCUGGCUGUGGCAGAUCUCAUGGUGCUUGUGGCUGCAGGACUGCCCAAUAUCACAGAGAGCCUGUACAGAUCCUGGGUGUACGGCUACGUCGGGUGUCUCUGCAUCACCUAUCUCCAGUACCUGGGAAUCAAUGCUUCUUCUUUCUCCAUCGCUGCCUUCACCAUCGAGAGGUACAUAGCCAUCUGCCACCCAAUCAAAGCUCAAUUCCUAUGCACUUUUUCAAGAGCCAAAAAGAUCAUUGUUUUUGUUUGGGCUUUCACCUCCAUAUACUGUAUGCUCUGGUUUUUCUUGCUAGACCUUAAUACAGUAGCCUACAAAGAGACUACUGUGGUGUCCUGUGGCUACAAGGUCUCCAGGAGCUAUUACUCUCCUAUCUACAUGAUGGACUUUGGUAUAUUUUAUGUUGUGCCAAUGGUAUUGGCAACUGUCCUCUAUGGCCUGAUUGCUAGAAUACUGUUCCUGAACCCCAUCUCUUCAGACCCAAAAGAAAACUCUAAGACCUGGAGGAAUGAUGUGGCUCACCAAAGCAAGUCUGUGAAUUCCAAGAUGACUAGCACAAGUUUCAAUAGCACUAUUGCUUCUCGAAGGCAGGUCACCAAGAUGCUGGCCGUGGUUGUGAUCCUGUUUGCGUUCCUGUGGAUGCCCUACCGCACCCUGGUUGUUGUCAAUUCCUUUCUUUCCAGACCCUUCCAGGAAAACUGGUUCCUGCUAUUUUGCAGAAUCUGUAUUUAUUUAAAUAGUGCCAUCAAUCCCGUAAUUUAUAAUCUCAUGUCCCAGAAAUUCAGAGCAGCCUUCAGGAAACUGUGCAACUACCAGCAGAAACAGGAGAAGAAACCUGCCAGUUACAGCAUGGCCCUCAAUUAUAAUGUCAUCAAGGAUUCUGAUCAUUUCAGCACUGAGCUAGAAGAUAUUACCAACACCUACCUGUCCUCUGCAAAACUGUCCAUUGGUGAUAUGUGUUUGUCAUCCAAGGCCUGAGGCCCACCUUGUUCUGAGUGUGCAGCCAUAUAAGAUGUUUGGAUGCUCUGUUCCCACCAACUGUAUGAAUUUUAAGGACAUUUCUGCUCACAGAAUUGCAGAAGCUACCAUAAAUCUUUACAUACCUGCCUGUGCCCUACAAGAAAAUGCAGCAUUUUGGGGAGUAAAGAGUAUAUUAUUGAGGCUAAGUAAAUGAAGUACUUAAUACAAUCUAACUUUAGGCAGGAGAAUGCCUAAGUCCUUCUUCCCAUUGCCUGGCCAAAGAGUGGUCUGAUCUCAGAAUGAGCAAGGCUUGCCAGGACAUGUCCAUGGACACAGAGUGGGGCAGGGGAUGAUAAUCCCUGUAAAGAUGAGAGUUGAGGAGAGGAGCUGCUCUAAUGUGUACCUGCACUGGGCAGUACCUGGGGGACCUUCUAACAGCAGCCAAAAUUGCUGCUAAUAGCAGUAAUUACCUGCCGGUGACUCCCUCAUCCCAUAUCAGUGCAAAUCUCUUUGCAGCCAUCACAGCAUGCUUCAAUAAACAGGUAUCUGAUGGCAAAAAGCACAAAA